UUUCUUUUUGGCCUUUUUUUCUUUUUGGUCUUUAAAACAUGGGGUUGAUGUAGAAUUUUUUAUUCUUUGAACCAAUUCUUUGGGCGAGCCUUCUUUGGUUUUUUCAUUCUUGGGGUUUGAAGAAGGUUCUGCUCUCUCUCUGCUUUAGAAAACAUAGCCUCCAAAUAGUGAUUUUUUUUCUCUUACAGAGUGAAUAUUUUUGUUUCUGGUUUUGAAUCUAAGUGAGAAUGAUCAGAUGGUGGGUGCUUUCACUGCAAUUGGCAGAGCUGUUUGUGAGCUCGAUGGUUCAUAUGCUAUAUGGGUUUUACAUAUUUAGCUCUGCCGUGGCUGGUGAUCUCUCUCAGGCUCUGAAUGAAUGUUUGUUUAAGGCUAAUAAUACGAAUGUUGUGGUCAAAGAAGACGUGCCUAAAGGGACAAGCACCAAUGUUGAUAGUCUGCCUCCUAUUGUUUUAGUUCAUGGAAUUUUUGGAUUUGGCAAAGGGAGAUUGGGAGGUUUGUCGUAUUUUGCUGGGGCAGAGAAGAAAGACGAGAGGGUUUUGGUGCCUGAUUUGGGCUCUUUAACAAGUAUUUAUGAUAGGGCUCGUGAAUUGUUCUAUUAUUUGAAAGGAGGGCAGGUCGAUUAUGGUGAAGAACAUAGCAAGGCUUGUGGGCACUCACAGUUCGGACGAGUUUAUGAACAAGGGAAUUAUCCUGAAUGGGAUGAGGAUCACCCUAUUCACUUUGUGGGGCACUCGGCUGGAGCACAGGUUGUUCGCUUGUUGCAGCAAAUGCUUACCGAUAAGGCAUUUGAGGGGUAUGAGAAUACCUCAGAAAAAUGGGUAUUGAGCAUCACAGCCUUAUCAGGAGCCUUCAAUGGGACUACAAGAACCUACUUAGAUGGGAUGCAGCCAGAGGAUGGGAGAACCAUGAAACCUAUAAGUCUGAUACAAGUGUGCCGCAUAGGAGUGAUAAUAUAUGAUUGGUUUGACAUUCCCUGGCUCAAGGCAUAUUACAAUUUUGGGUUUGAUCACUUCAACAUGUCGUGGAGGAAAAUUGGUUUUAGGGGUCUUGUUCAUGGCCUCUUGGGGAAUUCAGGCCCAUUUUCUUCAGGGGAUUGGAUCCUCCCAGAUCUUUCAAUUCAAGGGGCCAUGCAACUCAACCGCCAUCUAAAUACCUUUCCCAAUACAUUCUACUUCAGCUAUGCUACCGAGCGUACUAGGAAGAUCUUAGGCAUCACAGUUCCUUCUAGCAUACUUGGCAUCCACCCAUUGCUAUUUAUAAGAGUAUUGCAGAUGAGCCAAUGGCGUCAUCCUCCUGAUGUCUCUCCCCCUUAUAAAGGCUACAGGGAUGAAGAUUGGCAGGACAAUGAUGGAGCCCUCAACACAGCAUACAUGACUCACCCUCGUCUUCCAAUUGAACAUCCAAGUUGUUUUGUUGAAAAUGAUUCAGAGUGUCAACCACUGCAACCAGGCAUCUGGUACUACAAGAUUGUGGAAGCUGAUCACAUAUUGUUCAUCGUGAAUCGGGAGAGAGCGGGAGUUCAAUUUGAUCUGAUAUAUGACAGUAUUUUUGAACGCUGCAGAAAGCAUGUAUUUAGGAAGGAUCCACCAACAUUACCAAACGAAGCACACCAAUAGUUUUUUGUUUCUGUUUUGGUUUUUGUAUCUGUUUCUCUCGCCUGAUGCUCAACAGCCAGAAAAUAUAUACUUCUGUUUUCUUGUUACACAUUUUUCCUUUUCUUUUCCCAUUGUAAAUGUAAAUUUAAAUUUUUUUUUUUUUUUUUUUUUUUUUUUUUCACUUCACUUCUUUUCCCUUUCUUCAUUGUACCAACUUGUCUUUGUAGCUUUAUGAGAUAUAUAUUAGAGGCGUAGCUUAUACACGAGCCCUCUCUGGUUUUUAUAAA